AUGAAGUCCUCGGUCUCGGUGCUCUACCCCAACGAGCAAGUCUCGCGCAAGGUGACGGAGUACUCGGAGAGCAGCUCCACGCCGCUGCCCGCGCACAUCGUGGCGUACCACGAUCACAUCGACGCCACGCAGCCCGAGACGUCGAUGCUCAUGAUCAGCAACUUCCAGGCGCAGAAUCACAUCUGGCUGGCCCAGCUCAUCGGGGCCAAGAGGGUUCUCGAGAUCGGAGUCUACGUAGGCUACUCCGGCAUGGUCUGGUCUCACGCCGUCGGUCCAUCCGGCACCGUAACAGGUCUCGAGUUCGACGCAAAGUACGCAAAGCAAGCCGAAGAAGCCUGGGCCGCCAACGGCAUCACGAACGCGUCCGUCAUCGUCGGCGACGCUCUCACGACCCUCCCAACCCUACAACCAGACGAGCCCUACGACCUCAUCUUCAUCGACGCCCAAAAGUCGGGCUACCCGUCCUACCUCUCCACGAUCCUCUCCUCGUCCCCGGCGUCCGGCGGGGGCAAGCGCCUCCUGCGCGAGGGCGGCCUCAUCGUCGCGGACAACGUCCUCCGCCGCGGCAUCGUGGCCGACGACUCGGACGGCAACCCGUGGGUGCAGCGCGAGAAGGGCGAGAGGGCGGCCUACUGGAAGUCCGAGGACGUCGACAAGCUGCGGGAGUUCAACAAGGCGGUCAGGGAGAGCGAGAGGUUGGACAGCUGGCUGAUGCCGCUCUAUGACGGUGUUCACCUCGCGCGGUUGGUCGAUUAG